ACUUCUGUCCUAACCCAUUUCAAGCUUUAAGGUAACCCAUCAGUUAUAUAUAGUGGAGCAGCUGGAGUUCAUAAAGAGAAAAUGAAAUAUCAAGCUGGUUUAUCAAUCUUUUUGUUAUUCUUAAUUGGUACGGGAGAAUCAUCGAAAUAUACCCUUGUUAAUGACUUCAACGUAGCAGCCUCAGCCGAUGAAGUAUGGGCAGUUUACAGCUCUCAUAACCUCCCUAAACUCAUUGUGAAAUUAUUACCCGGUAUGUUCAAAAGAAUAGAUGUACUUAAAGGCGAUGGUGGCGUUGGUACCAUUCUCCGCCUUGUUUAUCCUCCUGGAUCGGUGCCGCUUACGUACAAGGAGAAAUUCGUGACAAUCGAUAACCGCAGGCGUUUGAAGGAGGUACUACAAAUCGAAGGAGGGUACCUGAAAAUGGGUGUAACCUUCUACAUGGACAGUUUCCAAGUCAUAAAAAGAGGUCGCGAUUCAUGCAUCAUCAGAUCCAUAACUAAGUACGAAAUUAGAGAUGACCUUGCUGUUAAAGUUUCUCCUCUCAUCAGUGUCGAUUCUCUAGUCACCAUGGCUAGAGCUAUCUCAAAAUAUGUGCUAGAGAACAAGAAGAAAGCUAAUUCAACAAUAGUUCCUUGAUGAUCUUGCUCCAGAAACAAUGUUGUUCUUGUUGAUUUAAUAAGCUGCCAGCAGUAUGUUUUUGUUUUCUUCUUUUUGUCUGAAAUAUAAUUAAGCAUCAAGUUCAAAGGUUAUUUACACUGCUGGUAGCAGGUUGCAGCCUUCCCAUGUUGGUAUUGGCUGACAUAUUAUCAAAGACAUGUUUUGCGA